AUGGCGCAACGAGGAGCCCGUGGUGGUGGUCGCAGUGGUAGUCACAUUAGUGGUCGUGAUGCUGGAGAUAGAAAUGCAUCCCAAUCAUACAAUGAUGCAGAAAGUCAACCUUCUUCUUCAGUUAGAGGAUCAAACAUCUUAGAACAAGUUCCAAGUAACCCAUCAAAAAGGAAGUUCAUUGAAGUCGAUUCUGAAAAGGAAUUUACGGAUCAGAUUUCAGUGAUCAGAGCCAUCACAUGUAUACUGAAGACGAUGUUUGACGGCCCAUGGACCUCAUGGAAGAAGGUUGACAAAGAACAUCGUGAUGCAAUGUGGGAACACUUCAAGGGUUUGUAUGUUUGGCCCGAAGAGACUGAUGUUCUUGCUGGCAAGGUAUGGGAAGACUGUAUGAAGAAACGAUUUCCUGACGUAAUGCGAAGAGCACGUGAAGCAUCUUUAAAACUUGCCAAAGCUGCAAAUGUAAAUGCCUCACUAGAAGGUGAUUUAAGUUUGCUAAAGGACUAUCGCCCAAAUUGGAUAAAAAAGGAGUAUUGGGAAAAAAUGAUCAAUGAAGUGUGGACCACAUCCAAAUGGAAACGUUUAUCACAAUCAGGGAAAAAUAACAACGUUGUUUCUUAG